GGCACAGUAACAGGCACAGGGAGCCGCACCCCCUGGGUCAGCCCCCGAGUCGGGGCCGGAGUUUCAGACGGGCCGGUCAUUGUAAACCCUGAGUGAGCUUCGGAGCAAGACCGGCAAGAUGUGAUGUGCCCUGGGGCGCUGCUGAAGAGCCACCCCGGCCAUGGACCCGGCAAGCAUGCCAGGAAACCCCGCGGCCGCGGGCACCUGCGCGGCCAACGGCAGCAUCGCCUGCGACGUGUCGUUCGAGGAGAGCAGGGUGUUCGCCGUGGCGGUGUACAGCGGCGUGUGCGCGCUGGGGCUGCCGGCCAACUGCCUGACGGCCGGGCUGGCGCUGCGGGCGGCGCGGCGGGGCAGCGUGCUGGCCGUGUACCUGUGCGGCCUGGCGCUCUGCGAGCUGCUGUACGCCGCCACCCUGCCGCUGUGGGUGCUGUACGUGCAGAACCGGCACUGCUGGACCCUGGGGCCCUGGGCCUGCCGGGCCACCGCCUACGUCUUCUUCUGCAACCUCUACGUGAGCAUCCUGCUGCUCUGCUGCAUCUCCUGCGACCGCUUCGUGGCCGUGGUGUACGCGCUGGAGAGCCGCGGCCGCCGCCGCCGCCGCACGGCCGCCCUCCUCUCGGCCGCCGCCUUCCUGCUCGUGGGGCUGGUCCACUACCCGGUGUUCCAGAUGGACGCCGGGGACACCUGCUUCGAGACGCUGCCCGUGGACGGCCGGGUCGCCCGCUACUACUACUCGCGGUUCGCCCUGGGGUUCGCCCUGCCGCUGGGCGUCAUCGCCGUCACCAACCACCGCAUCUUCAGGGCCGUGGGGCGGAGCGCGGGCCUGAGCGCCGCCCGGAAGGCCCGGGUGCGGCACACGGCCAUGGCGGUCGUGGCCAUCUUCCUGGCCUGCUUCGCCCCCUACCACCUGGUGCUGCUACUCAAGGCCGCCGCCUUCUCCUACUACGGCGGCGACAGGGACGCCCUGUGCCGCCUGGAGGCCCGCGUGUGCACCGCCUCCGUGGCGUUCCUGUGCCUGACCACGGUGAACAGCGUGGCCGACCCCAUCCUCUACGUGCUGGCCACGGACCACUCCCGGCAGGAGGUGUCCCGGAUCCGCAGGAAGUGGACGGUGUGGUCCGCCAGGACCGAGGCCGCGAAGCUCACGUGUUUGAAGGACUCGGAGGAGAGGCCGGCGCCCGUGUCGCUGGCGGGCAGCUGCCUGCUCCCCAGGCCCGCGCAGCCCCGCAGGGCACGGCCGGGCGCGUGGGCCCCGCGGGGCGCCCUGGAGAGGCUGCGGGAGGAGUCCUGCUGAGCCCGGGGCCCGCAGGGGAGGCCGGCCGCACGGGAGGCCGGGGCCGGCUGCGCGGCUUCCCCGUCCACGGAGCCUGCCCACCGGUGUCCGUGGCGCUGCCGUGACAGCCUCUGGAAGCCGUGCCACCGAUUUCUUGUUCCUGGAGCCACACGCUCCACAAGCCUCUUCCCCUCGGGGCCCGGCCCGGCUCUCCACGGGCCCAGGGCAGGCGGCUGUGCCCGGCGCAGGAGCCGGGCAGCCCGCAGGCAGGAGGCCCGUCAGCCACGGCUCGUCUGGCUGGCAGCUGGCACAUGCCGGCACCGCGGAGGUGCCGAGUCAGCAUCCAGUGAAGACUUAAAAGAACAUGUAGCCCUAACCGGUUUGGCUCAGUGGAUAGAGCGUCGGCCUGCAGGCUGCAAGGUCCCGGGUUCGAUUCCGGUCAAGGGCAUGUACCUUGGUUGCAGGCACAUCCCCAGUGGGAGGUGUGCAAGAAGCAGCUGAUCGAUGUGUCUCUCCCAUCGAUGUUUCUAACUCUGUAAACCUCUCCCUUUCUCUCUGUUAAAAAAAUCAAUAAAAUAAAAAAAAUAAAAAAAAAGAACAUGUAUAUGUUGAUAUACUGAUGUCAGAGAGGAAGCGAGAGGGAGGGGUAGAAACAUCCAUGAUGAGAGGAUCAUGGAUCGCUGCCUCCUGCACGCCCCACACUGGGGACCGAGCCCACAACCCGGGCCUGUGCCCCGACCGGGAAUCGAACUUGGCCAACCCCUGAGCCACGCGGCCAGGCCAGCGAAGACUUCAUUUCGAGGCUUUCCGGUGGGCGUGGCUCGGACGACCGAGAGUUCGUGGCGGCCGUGCACAGGGAGCGCGCUCGGGCAGGUCACCCUGGGCACCCAGCCCGUGGGCACCCAGGUCACCGUGGGCACCCAGCCCGUGGGCACCCAGGUCACCGUGGGCACCCAGCCCCGAGGGCACCCAGGUCACCGUGGGCACCCAGCCCGUGGGCACCCAGGUCACCGUGGGCACCCAGGUCACCGUGGGCACCCAGCCCGUGGGCACCCAGGUCACCGUGGGCACCCAGCCCGUGGGCACCCAGGUCACCGUGGGCACCCAGGUCAC